CAUAGUGCUAGCAGUGGAACCCACAGAUAUUCUAACUUCAGCAGGCUUAUCAUCAAUCACUAGUGACCAAUUUCUUUCAAAAUAUAUGUAUUUGUGAAGGAAAUAUUACAAGGAAAGAGAAGAGAAAGUUAAAUUUAUUAAUGGCAAGUGAAGGAAUAGGUGUUGAGAACAGUCCAACAUGGGCUGUUGCUAUAGUUUGCAGCUGCAUCGUUGUCAUUUCUCUGGCUUUUGAACGCUCCCUUCACUUCCUCGGCAAGUUUUUGAAGAGAAAGAACCAGAAAUCUCUUUAUGAAGCCCUGCUAAAGAUCAAAGAAGAGUUAAUGUUAUUGGGGUUCAUAUCACUGCUCCUGGCCGUGUUUCAAAGUAUAAUUACUAAUAGGAUCUGCAUACCAAAAGAUUUAGCAAAUAAAUGGCUGCCUUGCAAAAACAAGGAAGAAAGCAAACAUCCUAAAACUACUCUCCACUUUGAAUCCUUCAUUUCUCCACACCGUCUUCUCGCUGAGGCCUCUACCUCUGCAAAUAAGUGUACUCUAAAGAAUGAGGUGCCUUUGCUAUCUACAAAAACACUGCAUGAUCUUCACAUAUUUAUCUUCAUUCUAGCUGUCGUGCAUGUAACUUUCUCAGCUCUAACAAUUCUAAUUGGUGGAGCAAGGAUAAGUCGAUGGAAAAGCUGGGAGGAAUCGGCUUCACAAAAAGAACAUGAUGCCGGAGACGCUCCACAAACAAAGAUUACACAUGUCCAUGGGCAUAAUUUUAUCAAGAGACAUUUUGUGGCUAUUGGAAAGAGAUAUGAUUUGUUGGGCUGGCUGCAUUCAUUUGUCAAGCAAUUCUAUGGAUCUGUAAACGAGGACGAUUAUACUACUCUUAGACGAGGCUUCAUUAAGAAUCACUGCAAAGGGAACCCAGAAUUCAAUUUCCACAAGUAUAUGAUGCGUGCUUUUGAAGCUGAUUUUAAAAAGGUUGUUGGCAUCAGCUGGUAUCUUUGGUUAUUUGUGAACGCUUUUUUCAUAUUGAAUGAUUGGAAAGGCUACUUUUGGGUAGCAGUCAUUCCCUUUAUUCUUCUUCUUGCUGUUGGCACCAAGUUGGAGCACAUAAUCACCCAAUUAGCCAAUGAGAUUGCUGAGAAACAUGAGGCCAUUGAAGGAGACUUGAUAGUUAAGCCUUCAGAUGACCACUUCUGGUUUCACAGACCCCGACUCAUUCUCAUUCUCAUUAAGAUCAUCCUGUUCCAAAAUUCUUUAGAAAUUGCAUUUUUCUUCUGGAUUUGGUUCCAAUACAAGUUCCACUCCUGCAUUAUGGGACAAGUCGAUUAUAUGGUUGCAAGACUGAUCAUCAGGGUGUUUGUUCAGGUCCUCUGCAGCUUUAGUACUCUACCUCUUUAUGCACUUGUGUCACAUAUGGGGAGCUCAUUCAACAAAGAUGGAAUCUUCGAUGAACCUGUGCAAGAAGGCCUUGUUAAUUGGGCAAAGGAGGCAAAGAGGAAUAUGGCUAUGAGAAAGGCUGCUAAAAUUGACACCAACCUUGUGAAUAAUAUGGCAGGUUCUUCGUCUGUGACAGAACUUGAGUUGGGAAAAGUUGAUGAUCAUGAGGACAAGGAAUUGUCCAACAUAUUCGAUGGAUCAGAUGGCAAUAUAGGCGAACAUGAAAAUGAAGAACCGAUUGAAAGUUUAUGAUCUACGUUCAAGCUAUAUAUUUGCUCAAAAACUUAUCAAGAUCAUAGGAACUUUGAUGAACAGAUUUAUUGUUCAUUUUCUCCAUGGUUGAAAGUAUGUAGUUUCUUUUAUAGAACUUCUGAAAAAAACUGUCCAAAUGUGACAGCAAGUUUGAUUAAGAUUAAGACCAAAAACUGCUGAAAGAUUUACAACCAAAAAAAAAAAAAAAAAACUGCUGCUUGAAAACUGCCCCAUUUGAAGAUGUCUCACACCUUGCAGGCAACAGCUGAUAAUUUCAAUCAAUUUUCAGCGAACCUGACCUUUAUUAGUUCAGAACACUUGUUCUUUGGGAUGUUGUAAUAUUUUGGUCUCGACCUACUAUAAAGAUACUGUCGCUUUGGAUA